AUGGCCGAAAACAAGGAAAUCUUUUCCAGCGUUGGUGAACAGGCCGAGAACGUCGACCAUGCAAACAACAACGAAGUCGUUCAAACCGGCGCCCUGGAUGCUGAGGGCCACCCAGUUCAAGAAGUCGAGUCCUUGUGUAUGAACUGCCACGAAAAUGGUACCACUAGAAUGUUGUUGACCAAGAUUCCAUUCUUCAGAGAAAUCAUCUUGAUGUCCUUUUACUGUCCUCACUGUCACUUCAAGAACAGUGAGAUUCAGCCAGCUGCUCAAAUUGCUGAAAAGGGUUCCAGAUACAUCCUCAAGAUCGAGGAAAAAGCAGAUUUCAGCCGUCAAGUGGUCAAGUCAGAAUCAGCUACCAUUAGAUUUUCCGAAUUGGAUAUCGAGAUUCCUCCAAAGAGAGGGCAAUUAACCAACGUUGAAGGUUUAUUGGAAGAAAUGAUCACCGACUUAGAAUCCGACCAAGAAGCUAGAAAGGAACUCCAACCCGAAGUCUACGAGAAAAUCAAGGAGGUUAUUGCAAAGAUCAGAUCCUACAUGAAUGCUGAACCAAACACCCUCCCAUUGACUUUCUCUGUUGAUGAUCCUGCAGGAAAUUCCUGGAUUGAAUACCUUCCAGGUGAAGCUGCUCAUAAAUGGUCCAUGUAUGAAUACAACAGAACCGCUGAACAGAAUGUUUUCCUUGGUCUUUUGUCUGCAGAUGAUGUUGCUAGACAGCAACAAAUAGAAUUGGAGAAUAAGAAGAGUGCUACCAAGGCCAACAUCUCCUCCGGCUUGAAAGAAUCUGGUGUUAAGAGCAGUGGUUUCAUUUCUGACGAGACCGAGAUUGAAAACUUGAACAACGAAGUCCAGACUUUUACUGCUACUUGUUCCAGUUGUUACAAGGAAUGUGAAACUCAUAUGAAGACCGUUGACAUUCCUCAUUUCAAAGAAGUCAUCAUCAUGUCUACUCUGUGCGACCAUUGUGGAUAUAAAUCUAACGAAGUGAAGACCGGUGGUGCCAUCCCUGAUUUGGGAAGAAAGAUCACUUUGAAGGUCACUGACCCAGAAGAUUUGGCCAGAGACAUUUUGAAGAGUGAAACUUGUGGUUUGUCCAUCCCAGAAUUGAACUUGGACUUGACUCCAGGGACCUUGGGUGGUAGAUUCACCACUAUUGAAGGUUUAUUAACUCAGGUCUUGGAAGAAUUGCAUUCAAGAGUGUUCACUCAAACCUCCGAUUCUAUGGACGAUGCAACUAAGACCAGGUGGACCACUUUCUUUGCCAGAUUGCAAGAUGCUGUGGACGGUAAGAUUCCAUUCACCAUCAUCAUGGAGGAUCCAUUAGCUUCUUCCUACAUUCAAAAUGUUUAUGCCCCAGAUAACGAUCCAAACAUGAUCAUAGAAGAAAUUGAAAGAAGUCAUGAACAAAACGAGGAUUUGGGUUUGAACGAUAUGAAGACCGAUUAA